AUGGUUAUGCAAAUUUGUAUCCUGCUACCGUUCCUGAAAAGGACAUCGAGGUUCGAGACUCAACUUCCAGUUCUGGCCAACAAUCCAUACAGUUGCGGCGUAAGCCGUCCACCGCUUGACAUAUGUCCCUUCCUUAACCUACCGACGCGGUAUUCUGCUGGCUGCGAAGAUCAAUCUACUGGCAUGGUCAUUGCCUUGAUGAUUAUAGAUGCUGUCUCGCUGUCUCACUCGCUCAUUCCUCUUUACCCGAAGAGCUGGACAGUCAUCUUUACAGCCAACCAAACCAAGCAUUCCCCAGAAUGGAAUGUCUUACCAUCAUCUCCAUUGCAGCACGUUCUAGUUGCAUUUAUUUGCUUUGGUUUCGAUAGUUCAUGGUUAGUAUGCACGCACUGA